AUGUCCGGAGGAGACAUGGCCAAACCCCUCCUGGGCCAUCGGAGCAUGGAGGGUGACUCCAGCAUGCCAGCGACUGGGCGCACCAUCGGGGUGUUGGGGAGUGGGGACUUUGCACGGUCGUUGGCUGUCCGCCUGGUAUGCUCUGGGUUCAAGGUGGUGGUCGGCAGCCGCAACCCAAAGCGAAAAGCCGGCCUCUUCCCUUCCGCAGCAGAAGUCACCUUCCAGGCUGAGGCGGUGAAGAAGACAGAUGUCAUUUUUGUGGCGGUUUUCAGGGAACAUUACUCCACCCUCUGUGACCUGGCUGAUGCGCUGGCUGGCAAGAUCCUGGUAGAUGUCAGUAACAAUACCGAGAUCAACCAUCACAGAGAAUCCAACGCCGAGUACUUGGCUUCCCUGUUCCCAGCCUGCACCGUGGUCAAGGGCUUUAACGUGGUUGCUGCGUGGACACUGCAGUCAGGUGCCAGGGAUGGGAAUAAGCAGGUUCUGAUUUGCUCAAAUAACCAAGAAGCCAAGCGCACCGUAGCAGAAAUUGCUCAGGUCAUGGGAUUCACCCCUGUGGACAUGGGCUGCAUGUCAUCAGCCUGUGAGAUCGAGAACAUUCCCCUGCGCCUCUUGCCAGCCUGGAAAAUCCCCAUCUUUUUGGCUCUGGGGCUCUUUCUUUGCUUCUUCACUUACAACCUGAUCCGGCAGGUCAUCCACCCUUACAUCAGGGAGCAGAAGAGUAAGUUUUACAAGAUCCCCAUCGAGGUGGUCAACACAACGCUGCCUUGCGUGGCCUACGUCAUGCUGUCCCUCGUCUACCUGCCCGGGGUGCUGGCAGCCUGCUCGCAGCUCUACUAUGGCACCAAAUACAGGCGCUUUCCAGAUUGGCUCGACCAGUGGCUCCAGCACCGAAAGCAGAUCGGUCUCCUCAGCUUCUUCUGUGCGGCUUUGCAUGCCGUGUACAGCUUCUGUCUGCCCAUGCGCCGCUCCCACCGCUACCAGUUAAUCGAGACGGCUGUCAAGCAGGCUGUGGAGAAGAAGAUGAAUGUCUGGGUAGAGGAGGAAGUCUGGAGGAUGGAGAUUUAUCUCUCUGUUGGAAUAAUUGCCCUGGGCUUGCUGUCGUUACUUGCCAUCACUUCACUUCCAUCCAUCGCAAACUCUCUCAACUGGAGGGAAUUCAGUUUCAUCCAGUCCACCCUCGGAUUUAUCGCUUUGGUAAUCAGCACUCUGCACACGCUCACCUACGGAUGGUCGAGGGCCUUCGAUGAGAACCAGUACAAAUUCUACCUGCCUCCAACCUACACCCUCACGCUGCUCGUCCCAUGUACUGUGAUCCUAGCAAAAGUCAUUUUCAGUUUGCCCUGUAUCCGACAAAGACUUCUGCGAAUCAGGAGGGGCUGGGAGAAGGGGAGAUAUGUGAAGUUUGUUCUGCCCAGCGCAACGGGGGAAUAUUCAAGCGGAGAGACCUCUAGCAACGUCUAACAGAGCCCUGGCUGUGACAAACGAUUCCAAAGCACUAUCAACAUUUCUAUAAAGG